GCGGGCGGAGACGCGCGCCUAGCACUGGACAUGGACCGUGCGCGCCUGUGGCUGGGGCUUCUGCUGCCCGUGGUGGCCGCCCUGGAUUUCCAGUACCACCACCAGGAAAGGAUGGAGGCGUUCCUAAAGAGCGUGGCUCAGAACUACAGUUCGAUCACGCACUUGCACAGCAUCGGGAAAUCUGUGAGAGGUAGAAACCUGUGGGUUCUCGUUGUGGGGCAGUCUCCAAAGGAACACAGAGUCGGGAUUCCAGAAUUCAAAUACGUGGCGAACAUGCACGGGGAUGAGACUGUGGGGCGAGAACUGCUGCUCCACCUGAUUGACUAUCUGGUAACCAGUUACAGGAAAGACGCGGAAAUCACGCAUCUGAUCGACAGCACCCGGAUCCACAUCAUGCCUUCCAUGAACCCCGAUGGAUUUGAAGCCGUCAAGAAGCCAGACUGUUACUACAGUAAUGGAAGGGAAAACUACAAUAAUUAUGACCUGAACAGAAACUUCCCUGAUGCCUUUGAAAAUAACAACGUAACAAAGCAGCCUGAGACUCUGGCAAUCAUGGCAUGGCUGAAAACAGAGACAUUUGUCCUCUCUGCGAAUCUCCACGGGGGUGCCCUGGUGGCCAGUUACCCCUUUGAUAAUGGUGUGCAAGCUACAGGGACACUGUUGUCACGAAGCUUAACUCCAGAUGACGAUGUUUUCCAACACCUGGCCUAUACCUAUGCCUCCCGGAACCCCAACAUGACAAAAGAAGAUCAGUGUAAAAAUAAGAGGAACUUCCCCAACGGAAUUAUCAACGGGUACUCCUGGUACCCACUGCAAGGGGGAAUGCAAGAUUACAACUACAUCUGGGCCCAGUGCUUUGAAAUUACCCUGGAGCUGUCGUGCUGUAAAUAUCCUCGGGAGGAGAAGCUGCCGUACUUUUGGAAUGAUAACAAAGCCUCUUUGAUCGAAUACAUAAAACAGGUGCACCUAGGUGUAAAGGGUCAAGUGUUUGAUCAGAGUGGAACUCCAUUACCGAAUGUCAUUGUGGAAGUCCAAGACAGAAAGCAUAUCUGCCCGUUUAGAACCAACAAGCUUGGAGAGUAUUUCCUGCUUCUCCUGCCUGGGUCCUACGUGAUAAAUGUUACAGUCCCUGGACAUGACUCAUACCUCACGAAACUUACUAUUCCAGGGAAAUCCCAGCCCUUCAGUGCUCUUAAAAAGGAUUUUCACCUCCCGUUGCGAUGGCAGCUGGAUUCCGUCUCCGUAUCAAAUCCUUCAUGCCCAAUGAUUCCUCUGUACAAAUUAAUGCCAAGCCACUCUGCUGCAACAAAGUCUAGUUUGUUCGUGUUUUUCAUGACUCUUUUGCACAUAUUUUUCAAGUAAAAUGUGAAACUUGACCCCCUGGAAUCAGGGAUUGGUUACUCCACAUUAAGGUAACUUUCCCUCUGGUGAGACUGCAAUGGGAUAGACACUACUGUUUUCCUUAAGAAGAAAACCGGAUGUUUCCAAACCUGGCCUAGAACAACCUGUAACGACAAAAUCGAUCUUCAGUCUGGAUAAAAUGGAGGUCACUGCCUAGCAAAUGCUGCCCACGUACUCCACGCCCUCCAUCCCCAAGGAGUCCUAAACACUUGUAAGAAAGUUCAGAAGCCAAACAGACCCCUACCAGAAAAACAAUUUGUCUACGGAGAGCCACGUGGAUCAAAGCCGAAAGGACAGACACUUUUGUGCGUGUGCGACCUUUUGUGAGUGUUGUUUGUAGAGAGCUGAUACUGCGUAUAAGUGGUUCUGCCCAAAGGAAGAAAUUUCCACACUAAGAACAUUUACUCUUGCCAAUGUUCUAAGGACAAAUGAGAGAAAACGGGCAAACGUGUCUGACGUGGCUACAGAUGAAGUGGCCUCUGUCUCCCGUGCCUUUGCCCUUGCCUCCCUGCAUCCGAUGCCACAGUCCUAUGAAGGUGACCCCUCAUAUGUAACCCCAGUCUCUUGCCUGAGCCUCAGAUGCUCGCCAGACACACCCACCUGGAUACGCAGAUGAACUUGGGCUCAUCCGGUUGACAGUUGAGACGCCAUGUGAGGCUGUUCCCUUCCCAUAGUCAGUCACUGAAAGGCUGCUGUAUGGAUCCUUGCCAGCUUCUCCACACCAGUUAGCACCCCUCACUGCUGACCAAGCUGCUGCUCAUGGGUAUCUUUGCCAAGUCUUCCACACAGCACCUGAGGAGUUGGGUCUGCCCAAAGCUCUGCUGCUCCUUAAACACAACACAGUGCUCACAAUGCCAGGUAUGGAUGGCAUUCUGACUGUGCCAAACCUUGUUCCCUGCUCAGUAAAACUCCAUUCCAUGGGGAUUAAGAGCACUGACUGCUCUUCCAGAGGUCCCGAGGUCAAUUCCCAGCAGCCACAUGGUGGCUCACAACCAUCUGUAAUGGGCAUCCGAUGCCUUCUUCUGGUGUGUCUGAAGACAGUGACCGUGUAGUUAUAAACAUAAAAUAAAUAAAUUUUUAAAAAGAAUUCCGUGCACCCUCUUCAAUCGGGAAGCCCAUGGAGUUCCAAGUGGUCGGGUUCGAGGCUGAUCCUCCAAAGAAGCUGCUUUUAACUAGGGAAUUUACAGCACCGUGGUGUGGAAGUACUCUGCGCUGGCCUUCUUCUCUAGUACACCAUGAACUCUUUAAGACCAGGAUCUACUUGAGAAACAUCAUUUCUCAGAGCCUACGACAAAACAGGAAAUAAAUGGAAACAGAGCUUUUCCAGCAUCCUGCUACAGACCUUGAAAUUCUAUGGAUUUGAG